AUGGUGUGUAGUGAAUUGAAAAAACUGAACGGAUAUGGAACUAGGGAAGGAGCAAAAGAAGAACAAAAUAGAACGGUGGCUCUUGUCGCGGUAGAAGAUGCAGGAUUUCCGUGCGAACACUAUAUUGCCGGAACAACACGAUCAGCGACAUCGCAGGAUAAUGAAACUGUUCGACUCAUUCACUGCACAAAGCAAUCGUUCUUGUAUAUACUUCCCACAUAUACCAUAAAUGCAAUACAACAUGACCCACGUUCGGAGUACAAAAAGAUGGGACAAGGAAUGGUUCAAGAAACUUUGGACAGGACUGUGCAAUCACAGCUGAUGAGAAGAUUUGAAGUUGAACUGAACGAACCCACAAAAAGAACACGAGCUCAAGCGUCGAGUCUGCAGUAUUGGCCACAUGGUGGCCUCCAGAAGGAAACAAGACCCAUAUAUGUCAACAGAAUGCAGCUCACCAGAUUGCGAAGACCAAGACCAGAGGGUGACACGAUUCUAAGUGCAACUGAGAACGCCUGA